AUGGCUUCUGAGAUGAGUCCAGGCAAAGCUCGUGCAGGAUGGACACCGGAGCUGAAUCGCGAACUUUUUCUCGCCAUCCUUGAAUCUAGCUCUAUCGACUACGUCGCAAUUGCUAAACGCGUUGGUGAAGGCCACACUAAAGAUACAGUCCAGCAACGUAUCUACAACCUCAAGUACGGACGUGUCAAACACUUUCCUAUGGCUGGACCUGGCGCUGCAAAGUCCGCCAAACGCGAAGUAGCAAAAGCUAAGAAGCGAAAACUCAACCACGAUUCUACUACAGACGGUAAUUUCGGCAUCAAGGAGGAAACUGAUUAG